AUGACAGGGCAUGGUAAACUGAUCCAGGUGGCCCCUGGCAGUGAUGUGAGUGAGAGCUGUGUGGGCAGCUGGUCCAGAACCGGCACCAGCGCCACAGAGCUGACGCUGGACGACACGGCCCACUUCCUGGUGCAGAACUUUCAGCAGCGCGACAGAGGACUGUACAGGUGUGGUGUUCAGGAGAUCACUCUGGAGCAGAAGCCAGCCUCCUCAGGUGACGCCACCCUGCUGUACAGAGCCGUGGGUCAGUCCGUCCAUCUCUUCUGCAAAUUCCUGGGCACUGAGACAUGCUGGGGCAACUGGAACUGGACACCUCAUCAGGCCUCAAACCUGGAGCUGACGCAGAACCGUGGACUGGACGGUGACUACUCCCUGCACAUCUCCUCUGUAGGGUGGGGGCACUCAGGGGUGUUCUCAUGUCAGAGGCAGUGCCUGGGACGCCCACUGAAACCGACAUCAUAUGAACUUGUGGUUGUCAAAGCUACAGUGGAGCCCCAGCAUGUGUAUGAGGGAGGAGACGUGACCCUGCGCUGCUCUCUCUCUCACCUGACGACACCUGUGCAGGUGUGCUGGAUUCACCUGGAUCCCAACCAGUGCUUUGGUCGCCGUUACCGUGGUUACUCGAGUUGCCGUGGGACUAACGCAGCAGCUGUCUCUCACACCGUGAGCAUCGUCAGCUCAGUCCAGAGCCAGUGGGCCUGUGCGGUUUUCCAUGGGGGCACACUGAGAGCUCUGCUGCCUGUCCAGCUGAACGUGUCCAAACACACCACCACGCACUCGCCACCCACACACACAACGCCGGUGCGGAGGGCCGCGACUCUGCCGGGUAAACACAGCGAGGGCACCAUGGUUACCAGAGACACCACGGCAACACAACACACAGAGCCAUCAGCAGGAGUGAGUGUCCCACAUGUCUGUGUCAUGAGUGUGUUUGGCCUGGUUGUGCUCAUCUUGGUGGCUCUGACCGCUCUGCUGCUGUGGAAACGCACAGAUAAAGAUGUAGAAGUGUGUGAGGAUGAGGAUGAGCGUAGGACAUCAGAUGAAGAGGCGUGUGCUGAGGGGCUUUUGCCCCACAGAGGGAGUGUGACAUACGCAUCGGUGCAUUUGAACUUUCAGUUUGAAUUAAAUCAACAGAAAACAAACAUCUCAACAUUUGACACCUUCUCUUUGUCAACUGUCAGUUUCACUCAUCUUCAACUACCUAAAUGUGGUGAAGCACGCUAAACUCCCAAAACACAACGACUUCAGUUUGCUCAGAUGUUGCACCUACAGAUCCUCCUGCUACUGCUGGUGGCACUGAAGAGGAGGGUGACCCAGUCAUAUACACUGGACUGAAGAUGAAUUCAUGCCGUUAAAGCAGAGACUCGUCUAGUAGUAGAUAACUUUAUUGUUCCCGUGGAGCAGUUGGGUUUGCGGCACAGUCGCAAGGCACUUCAUGACAGGACAUCAGACAUAUGUCACAAACAAAAAGUCCAUACAUCAAACAGACACUGACAAACAUAACAUGAAGAACGUACAUCACACCCUACAAUACGCCCUUGGGUAUGGCCAGGCCAGCUGGACAUCUAGCUUAUUUUGACUGAUUUAAGGCUUUUAUGACUUGACUCAUUUAAAUAAAGUUAAAAUCUCAUCUAUUGUGAGCAGUCUGAUUCAGAAGUGCAUCUGAAGGUUUAUGCCCUCAUAGUUGUAAAUCCUCUGGAGUAAGCCUGCAGUUUUCAAAAAAGCUGAUAGAGUGUAUGCAUUAAUGAGAAAUAUUUCAAACUUUAGAUUUUAAGCUUUAUUAAGUUUAACCUGGUUAUUCUGUUCAUGAUGCCACUUUUUGCACAUCAUACCCUUGCAAAUCUUAAAGUAUAACAGGUAACAGCCUGUAAAAAAAGCAAAAAAUAAAUUCAAGAAAUAAAGUGUGAUGUCAAAUAAUGGCAAUCUUGACUCAUCACCAAAAUGACUGUGACAAGAGACUUUAAAAUAAAGUACUGCAUUUCUGUGAUUUACUUUAUAAGGAACUGCAAUGGCUUGACUGGCAAAACCUAUUUAAACCUAUGCAACCUAAUGUAACCUUCAUACCCAUGUCUCAAAAGCUUAACUGAAUC